CCCGGCCGGCAGUCGCGCGUCCCGGCGCUGAAGAUGGCGGAGGGCGGCGGCGGCGCGGCCCCCCCGUCCUGCUCUUCCUCCUCUUCCUCCUUGAAGGGGCUGCGGGAGCAGAUGGUUGCUGCAGCCCAAGCCAUAGCAGAAGAAAGAAGAAUCCAAAGUGGCAUUAGCCCUCAUGCAGUCCAGACCUCAAUAAACCUAAGGACAGCAACUAAACCAGUGAUAGAUGGCUCCACUCUGAGAACAGAGGAAAGACAAAGACUGGCCAGGGAGCGUAGAGAAGAGAGAGAAAAGCAACAUGCUGCCAAAGAGACCCAGCUCCUGGAAAAGGAGAGAAAAGCAAAACUCCAGUAUGAAAAACAGCUGGAAGAAAGGCAGAGGAAGCUGAAAGAACAGAAGCAGAAAGAGGAGCAACGGAGGGCAGCAGUGGAAGAAAAGAGAAAACAAAAAAUAGAAGAGGAAAAGGAGCGAUAUGAAGCUGUGAUGCAUCGCACCUUGGAACGGAACCAGCGACUGGAGACGCGACAGAAGAGGUGGUCGUGGGGAGGCUCUGUUACUCCAGAUUCAGAGAGCAAACCUGAACAACAGACUGCUGAUGAAGGUGGAACUGAUGGCAGCAAGAGGUCCACCUCCACAGCAAACCUGAAGCAGACCGAAGCUGUCAUGACCAAGCGGUUGUCAUCCUCUGCGGCGCUCCUCAACGCUUCCGAGCGAAGUACCACAAAGAGGAGUGCCUCAUUAAACAGGCUGAAUAACAAAGUUCCUCUACAUUCGCAGCAGUCAGCACUCAAAGGUUCACAGGUGGAACAGAAAGGAGGAGCAGAAAAGAAGAGGAGCACAUCUUUGAGUAGAAUGAGUAGUAAACCCCAGUCCUCUCCAGACCUAGAAAAAGUGAAAAAGGAAGAAAAAACAGCUCGCCGCUCCCAGCUCAGUCCCCUGGACAGUAGCGUAAUCAGUCGCCUCCUCGCCCCCACACAGGCCUCUUUAGCUAGGAGUAAAAGUGCUGCUGCAUUGUCGGCUGAUGGACAAGAUCCCUCAGCAUCUCACCUCUGUCCUCGUUCAGCUUCAGCCAGUUCCAUCAAUUCCCCAGCCCCAGCUCCUAAAGUGCCCGUGCGCAGUCGUAGCAUCGACAGGUUGAAGUCCUCUCUGUCUUCAUCUGAUGCAAGCUCACCAGAUUCAACUCAGAAAUCAGAACCUGAAAAGCCAUCCCCAGGGUCUGGCUUCAGGCGCCCUCCCUCACCAUCUGUGUCUGCCCAUAGAAGAUCCCCGUCUCCUGCUAACGUGGUGAAGCGUCCUCCCUCACCAUCUACACUUAGGCAAAAGACUCGCCCACCUUCACCGAGCGUGGCGAAGCAAAGGCCACCGUCUCCGACGCCAGUCUCUAAACCAGCACCCAUCCAACGGCCACCUCUCACACCAGGUGUUCUAAACAUUACCAAAAAGAAAACUGAAGUAGAGAGCAAACCAAAGGAUAAGAGCACAGAAGGAACAGGGCAAGAACAAGGUGCUUCACCGGCCUUGGACAGAGAUGCUGUAGCAGCUAGCCCAAAGACCAAAGAAGAAUCAGGUAGCAAAACUGUAGCAGGGACCACCACAGCUGAAGAAGCUGCUAAAAUCUUAGCAGAGAAACGGCGUCUAGCACGGGAGCAGCGAGAGCGGGAAGACCAAGAAAGAGUUCAGAGACAGGAAGAGGAAAGAAUCAGAGAAGAAGGGAUGGCCAGGAGAGCCCUUGAGGAGAAGGCCCGGCAGGAGGAGGAGCUGCGCAGGCAGGAGGAGGAGAAGAAGCUGGCUCACGAGGAACAGCAGAGACAGGCUGAGGAGGAGAGGACCCGCAGAGAACAGGAGGAGCAGGAAAAGCUGGCAGAGCUUCAGCACCAGAGAGAAGAAGCUGAAGCAAAAGCUCAAGAGGAGGCAGAAAGACAGAGGCUGGAAAGGGAGAGAAUUAUGCAGCAGAACAUGCAGGAAAGGCUUGAGAGAAAGAAGAGGAUUGAAGAAAUAAUGAAGAGGACGCGGAAAUCGGAUCAGCACGAAUCCAAGUUGCAGAAUGAAGGGAAAGCUGCCUCUGAGGCCAUGGAGGGAGAGGAUAUUGAAGAGGAGGAAGAGCUGAGUCUCGAGAAGACUGAUCAGCCAGGAAAGCUAAAUGGUGUUGACUUACCCCAGGAUGUCAAGGAGGAGGAGGAGGAGGAGGGUGGUUUAGAAACUGCACACAGCUUGAUCUCUGCAGAAGCUGAGGAACAAGAUGUGUCAGAGCUGAAGGCCACUGAAGUGUUUAUGAAUGGAGGUGACUUGAAAAGUGUUGCUGAAUUACAGGAUUCCAGCCAUCCUGCAAAAGAAGCAGUGGUUGAUGAGCCAGGGAAGCUGGGGGUUAAGGAAGCUGACCAUACAAGGGGACUCAUUCCGAAUCUGAAUGGCAAAUCUGGCUCCUGGACUUUGGAGGAGUUCAUCGACGGAGUACAUUCCAGGUCAGCUAAGCUGAGCUCAGACAGCAUCUCUGCUGGGGACUGCAAACACAACUUGAAUGAUGCUGCUACUACCUUACCUUCUAGUCCCAAAUUGGCUUUUGAGGAAGAUGGUGCAGUGAAUUCAUUGACCAAACCUAUAGAUGCUUCAUCAGGUAAUCCCAGCUGAUUUCCCUGUCUUGUCUCUUCCUCUGCCCUAGGUAAUUAACUUCCUUGCAUUUUACUCUCCUUGCCUUAACUUCAGCUUCUUCUUUUUGAGGCACUUUUUCCAAUGUGUUGACUGGAGGGAAAGCUCUUUCUUUUAGUGCUUGUAACUUGCAUUCUGUCAAAAGGAGUCACCAACUGAUGCCUUUUUAGGGACUUGCUUUAGGCAGCAGCCUAGGCCCAACAUUAAGGCUCUUCCAAAGACACAGCUGGGCCCCUGUGAAGCAGCUGUACCAGCACACUAGCCCAGCUGUUGCAGUUUUAGGCUUUUUCUAUGCUGUCUUAAAUGGCACAUGUUACAUUUGAAGAUACUGGCAGUUCAGAGGGUAUCUGAUGUAACUCUGCAGAUAAGACCUUUCCACUCCUAGGCAUGUCUUGUAGCUUUCUCUUGCUGGCCUGCCUGGUCUUACAAGGUCUCCUCAGGCUCUGGCAAGGCAUUACCUGCCCUUUGUACUUACUGUAGAGUAGGUCUUUCACUCCAUUGAGAGAGGGGUAAGACCAACCUUAAACUCCCCAGACAGUUGAGUUGCAUUCUGAGAGGAGUAAUAAAGCUGCACAUACAAUGCUCUGAAUUUCCCCCAAAAUAAAGCAGGGCUGCAUCUGAAGCCACAGGAACUUGAGAGGCCAUGCCCUGAUGCAGUACAAGCACAGGAGGUCAGAGAGGCUUCAGGAAGCUAGAGUCAGACUAAACUUCCCUGGUCUUGGAGCUGAACCCCACGCAGCAGAUC